AUGGACAAGUACCUCCGCCUCCUCAAGAUGGGGAUGCCCCGCGAGCACGUCGAGCUCAAGAUGCGCGCCGAGGGCGCAGAUCCGUCUCUGCUGCCGUCGCCGUCGGUAGCCGCCGACGCCUAUGUACCCCCGCCGCCCAAGAAGAUGUUUACGGUUCACUUGUCAGGCGCUGGUCAUCCGGUGGCGGCGCCGUCCUUGCGCGAUCGGCAGCGCCGAUGGCUCCAAAAGACGCUCGUCUCGUUCGGGCGGGCCACGCCCACACCCGACGACGUGUACAUCAAAGCCAAAGAUCGCUUCCUCGGGUUGCUCAAGAGCAUUCUGGACAUUCGCGGGAGCUUGUCGCGCUACAAGGCCGUGCUGCCGCAGUACUCGCUCGCGUGCGCGCAGCUGGGCGUCGACGUCUGGUGUGUCACGAGCGCCGAGGCGGUCGGGCGGCAAAGCGUCGCGGCCGAGACCUUUCGCCACGCCAUGUGUGCCAUCAACGAAAAGCAGGAGAUCAAAUCUCACUUUUUCAAUGCGGACGCGGUGCUCUCGGGUGCGAUUCAGUUUGUGGACAUUCACAUUCGCACCAUGGAGUCGUUCAAGCCUGCGAUGCAGCACCGCGAAGCGCUCAAGCUCGACUACGACAGCUUUGAACGGAGUGCACACGCCAUGCGCCGCGCCAAACGCAGUGUACCCGAGCUCUCGAGAGCCGAUGCCAAUGUCGCGACGGCCCGCACCGCGCUGGACGCUGCCACCUUGCAUUUGUUUCGGAUUUUCGCCAAGUACGAAGCACAGCGUGAUACGAUGCUCGAUGGCGAGCUUGAAAUGGUGCGCCAGGUCAUGCACACGUUCUACGACAAGAGCGCCGAGGUCACGCGCUUCACGAUCGACACGCAAGUGGAUGGCGCCGCUCUACGCGCCAAAGAAGACAGCCUCUUGGCAGCGAUGGCAUCCAAGGGACUCUUGACGCCACCACCGGAAAAGGACAGCUCGACUGUCAUGGAAGACGUGGAGCUUGGGGAACCAGAGACCAACUGGACCCAGCAGCUCCACUCGUACCGGUCGCACUGCCCCAAGAUACCCGAGAUCAAACGCAAGCGCGUCGAGCAGCCAUGA